AUGGAACAUAGAUGGUUUAUCCGAACAAGAAAUCCUAAACAAAAUCCAGCAUAUAACCAUGUAGCCAAUAAUUACCUAAAUGAUGGCAUCCAGAAUACCGAGGUUGUAGAGCUCAUAGUUUUAGGAUUCACUGGAAAGCUAUUAGUCUGGUGGAAUAACUGUUUAACAGAAGCUUCCAAGGAAGAUAUUAAACAUGCUGUCCAAAAAGAUGAGGAUGAGAACCCUAUCUUUGACGAACGUAUAGGAAGAGGUAUUCCCGAUGGAGUCAAUACCCUGAUCUAUACGAUCAUGAAACACUUCAUAGAUAAACCCAGCAAUAUCACAUCUAGGAUUUACAACCAGUUGAGUAACCUUAGAUGUAAGAACCUUGGAGAAUACCGGUGGUAUGAGGAUGUAUUCACCACCCGUGUCAUGCAUAGAAGCGAUUGUAACUCUCCAUUUUGGAAGGAGAAGUUCAUUAAUGGCUUACCCACAUUGUUUGGACAGAAGGUCAAAGAAACUCUUGCUAGCCCCUUAGGUGUCAUAGAUUAUGAUAGCCUAACCUAUGGAGACAUCUCAAGCACAAUCCAAAAUGAAGGAAUGAAGAUGUGUAGAGAUCUCAAAAUCCAGAGUCAAGCCAACAAGAGCAAAGCCAAGUACGAAAUAGGGAAUUUCUGUACCCAAUAUGACUUACCUUCAAUCAUCCCCAAAAGGAAAUCCAAACACAGAGAAGAAGAACCCUCUGAAAAAUCCCAUAGGAAGAAAACAGCCUCCAAACAUUAUAGAAAAAAGAAGUUCAAAACUAAUGAUUUCUAUAAGAAAGGCAAAUCCAAAUCCACAAGAGAAUUCAUACCUAAAACAUCAGGAACAUGUUUUAAGUGUGGGAAGAAAGGUCAUUUCCAGAAAUAG